GUGACCUCCAAAAAUGUGUUCGUGAAAAAAAACAAUAACAAAAGUAUAUUCAAAUUUUAGAAUUCUUAAAUGUUCGUUGGUAUAGAAAUGACCAAAAAUGGUUUGCUGUAUGAAAGAAGUUCAUGUAAUUAUAGAGACUGAGAUUAUCAAUUACACACGAAUUUAAAGAUAAAACAUAUUGAUAAGUAUUUUAUGGUAUGGUGUGUUGAUAGUGGAGCAUAUAAAAUACAAUGUCUUAUAGUGAACCAGGACCAAGCUCUCGAGUUGACGAUGACAAAGAUGACAAUUUCAAACGAACAGGUUCUUUUCGAAAAAUUUUAUCAGGCACAGCAAGUGGUAGUUCUCAGCUCAAUACAUCAAUUAAAAUGAUUGACCGUCCAACUGUUACUCCAAAUAAUUCAGAGUUCGCUAUUUAUUUACGAGAAUAUAGUAUAUUAUCAGAAUACAAAUUGAUGCAGAAACAAAAUAUAGGAGGAGUUUAUGUUAUACCAUCUGCUCAAAAUCCUUAUAAUUGGUUUGGAGUUUUAUUUGUUCGACAAGGAAUGUAUAAAGCUGCUGUCUUUAGAUUUACCAUAAUUUUACCUGACACUUUUCCUGACAGCGGAUGUCCGAAAGUUGUCUUUCAAACAAAAGUCUUCCAUCCAUUAAUACACAAUGAGACUGGAGAAUUAAACGUAGCAGCAGGGUUUCCUGAAUGGAAAAAAAGUAACAGAGUUUUGGAAUUAGUGCAAUUUAUUACCAAAGUAUUCAAUGAAGUGGAUCCAAAUAUGCCGGCGUUCAAUGACGAAGCAGCAAAUUUAUUCCAAAAUGAUAAAGAAGAGUAUUUUAAAAGAUCUCAAAAGUGUGUACGAGAAGCUUUAGAUCAUGUUUAUGAUCCUCCAGACACGGAAGACGCUCAUUAUAUAAGAUUUAGUAAGUGGGAUCCUGAAAUUCACGAGCCAAUAAAACAGCAAAUAUAUGAGGAGACUAAAACUCCAAAAAAACUUGACGAUGCGCCCACGGGCUCUUCGUGGGUUGAGCCAGGAACAUUCAAGCCUUUAUCAAAAGAUCCAUUUGCUAGUUAGCAGUAUAUUAUUAUUGAUAGUUGAAUGGUUAUUAAAUUAUAUAAAAAAAUACAAACAUACUUAGACUUGUUAUGACACUUGCCUUUUAGAUGACUUAAAAAAGUAAAUUUUAAUUAUUUUUAUAAAAAAAUAUUUACAAAGCGACAAAGAUCUUAAUAAAUUAAUUUAUUUAUGACAAUGACUCUAUGAUGUUAUAACGAAAACCAGAAAAUAAAAAAA